AUGGACCCCGGAAUGCACCGCCACACCCUAUCAAGUUUGGGGCUUGGAGCUCCCGCUUCUCCUCAUUCUCCAUCCAACUGGACCAAAACUCCCAAAAAGCCAUGCAAGAUGGAGUCGCCUCAGGAUCGUAAAUUUCGAGUCUUGGAGAAUCCAGACAUUCCCAAUCAUGACUCGGAUAGCUCAGGGUCAUCCGACGAGCUUCUACAGCAGCCGUAUGCAAUGAGGGCCAAUUCUACCUUUCCAGAGAUCUUCGAGCAAGCUCCGCCAGCCACCACUAUCGCUUCGUCCCCUCCCCCCUCGCACGCUACCGGCUUGCCAGCCUGGGCCAGCACAUCAGGUCUACGCCCUCGUGGCUCCAGUGUCGGUGCAGGCGCUGCUCUCGACAAAGUCUCGCCUGUCGACGGCCUCCCACUAACCGAUCGAGAUUUGCGACCGCAACGCCCGUCUGGCCCUGCUAGGACCCCAUCCAACACUUACGCUCCGCAGCGCCGUCCACCUCAAUACAUUAGCCUCCAGAGCGACCGCCAAAGGUCCUCAUCGGCUAGGAGAAGUUCCCGACGUGAUCCUAACGCGCAAUACCGGGCGCAAGAAAAGGCGUAUGUCCAACGCAUUAGGGCAAAUCCACAGGCGUGGUAUAACCAUUUCGACGAUGCCCAGAAUAUGGGCCUGACACCUGGCGACUCGGACUUGGAGGAGCCUUCACCAUCGUCAGAGGCUCCGUUCGAGGAUGACGCAUAUGAUCCUGACAUCCAACUGUUCCUCCCGGAUGAUAACCAGCCGACGCUCGAGGAACUCAAGAACCCCAAGAACCAAGAAAGACUCGAGUGGCAUUCUAUGUUAGCCUCUGUCUUAAGAGGAGAUGUUGUCAAACAGGAGAAACAAAGAUUGCUUGGCUCGGCGGAGACAAAGAGGUCCGCGGCUCAGAACAAUGCGAUCUGGUUGGGGGUUCGAGCUAAGACAUGCGGCCGAAGUGUUGCCUUACAACGAAAACUCAUUGAGGAAGCUAGAGCUGGACUUGGGCCUCUCAUUGAAGAUAUCAUCAAUUUUAAAAUCAAGGGUGAGACUGAGAUUGGCAAGUCGCCUAUCAAGCAGGUCGAGGACAUUGUUCAAAAGAUCGAGGAAUGUGAGAUGCUGUACUCUACACUUAAAGAGUUCGAAGCUGCAAACCCUCGAGUGGCAUCGGAGGAAUACUGUUCAAGCCGCGAGGCUGUCUUUGCAUGGCACAACACUAUCGCUCUCAUCAACACCGAACUGGCGAUUCUGCAAAAGUGGGUAGGCAAUGAUGAGCUUGAUUUCAGCAAACCCAAGGUCAAAUCCGCCAACAGCGAUCUCUCAGACGGAUCGUCAUUCCUCGAUCGCAUUAUGAAGGAAGACGGUCUCAAGACCCUACAAGGAGAGCACAAUAUGCUUAACGGCAUUGGCGAAGUGAUCAAGAAAGCAAAAACUACGCUGAUUGAAAACGCGGACUCAUUCGCCCAAAGACAUCUACCUCCAUACAUCGAAGAGCUUCUCACCCUGAUCAAUUUUCCCUCGCGCCUCAUCCAAGAGAUCAUUCGCGUUCGCUUAUCUUACGCCAAGAACAUGAAGGACCCUGCCCAGCAAUCACCGAUUCUCAUCGAUCAGAUGAUCCCGCAGUUUCAGAUACUGAUGAAAGUCGCUGUUGACAUCAAACAACGCUAUGUAGACAUAUCAAGGCCCGAGCCCGGAUGGGAUUUACCGCCUUGCAUUGAUGAGAACUUCGACUCAGUCGUAUUGGAUGCCUUGAAAUACUACUUUCGCCUUCUGAAUUGGAAAUUGAACGUGAAUAAAAAUACAUUCAAGGAAGCUGAAAUCCUGGAGCAGGACUGGGAGUUUUCGAACGACAUUGGUCGCCAACUCGAAGGUGGUGACAUCGAGGUCGCUGAACAAUUCAGGUAUGAGUUUUCUUUCUAUCCUCAAGUAUACGCGAUUGCUAAUAAGCAUUCUAGUGCUCUGACAGCUAAGUCACUUCAACGCCUAAUGAUCCAUUUUGAGCGUGAGUUGACGGCACGACCAAAUGAAGAUCCGAUCGACAUGGAUAAGAGAUACAAAAGUGUGCUCGACUCCACCAGAAUCAGACAACGGAAGCUAUAUCGAUUCUCCCGCUUUCUGCGUCAAUUGUUUGAAAACGCUACUGAAUACAAUAUCUCGGCUGAUAUCGCGUACGACUUCUUCGAAGCGUUGCUUAUUUCGGAUCAUUUUCUGGUGAAGUCAAACGCCUCUAUCGGCCAGAAAGGUGUCUACCUCUUCGCGCAUCGUGAGCUGUGGAACAGACCUACAGAUAUUCAAGCUAUCCUUGCGACCUCGUUUCGGGAGGAAGAUGUACCCAAGGACUCCGCGCACGCACCGUAUAUUCUGGUCAUCCGGCCUGAAAAGCCUCUGUCCUGGGCUGGUAAGGAGAUGCAGGUUGAUUUCCUGGAACAGCCUACGGAUGUCAGACUUGGCAAAUGUCGUCUUGUAGUUGAAGGAACGCAGCAACGACUCGCUAAUGCUCGGCAUGAGCUGGUCCAGCUAACGGGCAUGCAACUGGAUAUGGCUAUUGAACAACGGGCGAACCUUGGACGAGUCAACGUGGAGUUGAACAAGAUUAAGAAAAUAUCAUUCAAGCUUUCUAUGACUAUCAUGGACAGCGUUGCAAUCAUCAAAGAUCAAUUGAAAUCGAGAGGCAUAGAGAACACGGAGCUUAUCCAAUCUUGUUAUGCUUUCGCAACAGAGUUUGGCAAGCGUUCCUCGAACUAUGUCGACCCUAACCGACGUGCUAUGAAUAGCGCUAGACUUGUCGAACUAUCACUGGAAUGGGUUUCGUUCAUUUGCGAUGACUGCGAUGCCGCUGACCGAAAGACAUUUAAAUGGGCCGUAGCUGCCCUUGAAUCCGCGAUGGCCAUCACCUCCUCCAGACACCUUCUAUCAAUGGACGAUUCCCAAUUCAGUCAGUUAAGGUCGAAGGUGGCCGGAUGCAUGUCGUUGCUGAUUUCUCACUUCGAUAUCAUGGGUGCCCGUUCCUCUCUUGCAGCACAAGCGGAGAAGCAGCGCGUGGAGGAGCGCGCGGGAGCCCGGAAAUUUGGCGCUGGCCGAAUCCUUACAGAUGCAGAAGCUACAAAACUUGUUCGCGAGCAACGUUUGGCUCGCUUGCAUGAUAUCGAAGACAAGCGAGUGGAAGAAGACGCCAAGCGCCAGGCCCUCGGAAGAGUACUUGAAGGGUCCAAUGAGGCUGACCGAUCUCUUGCAGUCCUCUCGUCCUCUGCGACCAACGUUACGCUUAGAUGGCAGCAAGGCCAAUACAUCGGAGGUGGUACUUUCGGAUCUGUCUAUGCCGCCAUCAACCUCGACAGCAACUAUCUCAUGGCGGUCAAGGAAAUUCGUCUUCAAGACCCUCAACUUAUUCCAAAGAUUGCCCAACAGAUCCGGGACGAAAUGGGAGUAUUGGAGGUCCUUGAUCACCCUAACAUUGUCUCCUACCAUGGUAUCGAGGUUCAUCGAGACAAAGUCUAUAUCUUCAUGGAGUAUUGCUCUGGCGGAUCUCUGGCCAGUUUGCUUGAGCAUGGUCGUGUGGAAGAUGAGACAGUCAUCAUGGUCUAUGCUCUACAACUUCUCGAAGGAUUGGCAUAUCUCCACCAAGCCGGCAUUGUCCACCGCGACAUUAAGCCCGAGAACAUCCUUCUCGACCAUAACGGCAUUAUCAAGUAUGUCGAUUUUGGCGCUGCCAAAAUUAUUGCGCGCCAGGGCAAGACCGUAGUUCCGAUGGAUGCCUUCACCGGACCUAAUCACAAGGAUGCUGCUCUCGUUCCCAAGGACUCCCAAAUGGCGCAUCAGCGGGGCAAAAACCAAAAGACAAUGACCGGUACACCAAUGUACAUGUCUCCUGAAGUGAUUCGCGGCGAUACUUCCAGGUUAAUCCACCGUCAGGGAGCGGUCGACAUCUGGUCAUUGGGCUGUGUGAUCUUGGAGAUGGCCACCGGUCGCCGACCAUGGUCUACCCUAGACAACGAGUGGGCGAUUAUGUACAACAUUGCUCAGGGAAAUCAGCCUCAGCUACCUUCAACCGAUCAACUCAGCGAAUUGGGCAUUGAUUUCCUCCGCCGUUGUUUCGAAUGUGAUCCCAUGAAGCGACCCACAGCCGCGGAGCUGCUACAGCAUGAAUGGAUUGUCUCUAUCCGGCAACAGGUUGUCGUUGAGCCUCAAACCCCGAGCAGUGACGGCGGCAGUAGCAGCAUUAGCAGCUCCAAUUCAUGCAGCCGUCAUAAUUCCACAUAUAUGUAG